AGCCAGCUAGCCAGUUGCCUUUAGCUACUCUCAUGCGCAACGUAGGUAGCAGUAACGAAGGCUUGCGGAUAGAUAGCAAUGCAUUUUCAUCCCGUUCAUGUCACUUAUUUAUGUCAGUUGUAGAUGUUGAUUCAACUUUACCUUUCGUUUUGAAGCUGAGAACAUUUGGUCUGUGUAGUAAAUCUAUAUAUCACUGACGGGCGGAGGAGAAGGCUCUUUUCGUUGGGAAAAGUGGCUAACAUUAGCUAGGAAACCUUAGCACCCGAGUCACCAGCGUCUCCUAUUGCCACAGAGGGAGGCUGGAGAUAUGUGAUUGUGGUUCAGCCGGCGGAUGAGCUCAUCUAAUGUUGGCAGACACUGGAUGAGUUGAAACGUGAUUUUACAGUUGCAGGUAUACGUGUUCGUGUCACAUCACUAUAUCUACCCGGGCAGAGUGGAACUGAGUGAGCCAGCCAGACAUCGCCACCAUGUUGGAGGAGGACAUGGAAGUGGCCAUCAAGGUGGUGGUGGUUGGCAAUGGAGCCGUCGGCAAGUCGAGCAUGAUCCAACGGUACUGCAAAGGCAUCUUCACUAAGGACUACAAAAAGACCAUCGGGGUGGACUUCCUGGAAAGGCAGAUUCUUGUGAAUGACGAAGAGGUCAGACUGAUGCUGUGGGACACGGCCGGGCAGGAGGAGUUUGACGCUAUCACUAAGGCCUACUACCGAGGUGCCCAAGCAUGUGUGUUGGUCUUCUCCACCACGGACAGAGAGUCAUUUCAGGCUAUUGACAGCUGGAGGGAGAAGGUGGAGGCCGAGGUGGGAGAUAUUCCCACAGUCCUAGUGCAGAACAAAAUUGAUCUCCUGGAAGACACCGUUAUAAAAAACGAGGAGGCAGAAGGUCUGGCUAAAAGGCUCAAGCUGAGAUUCUAUCGAGCUUCAGUAAAAGAGGACCUUAAUGUCAACGAGGUUUUUAAGUACCUAGCUGAUAAGUACCUUCAGCGGCUCAAACAGCAAACAGCAGAGGAGACAGAGGUGCUCCAUACAACCAGCAAUAAAAUAGGUGUUUUUAAUACCACGAGUAGUAAUAUCUGCAACCAGAACUCCAGCAACGGCAGAGAAGUCAUCACUUUACGACCUAACAAACAACGGACCAAGAAGAGUAAAAAUCCUUUCGGAAGCUGCAGCCUACUCUAGAUAGAACAUCAUUUAGUUUUAGUUUUGUUUCUAAGACUAAAUUGGUCAUUGUUGUAUUCUGUGGAGCUAGCCACAUUUAGAGACCAAAGCCCAAGACUGGGAACUACUCCUCUAUACUACAUUAAUAACCUGAUGAUUAAUCUGUACCUUAAGUUGUUUCCCUACAUUGAUGGUUACAUUUCCUUACAUUCAGCCUUGGAUUUCCCUCAAUGACCUGCGCACAAAAUCCCGUCCUUGUGGUUGCCAUAACAGCAACAGCUGCAGCUACACUACAGUACUGUAUGUAGUUUAUAUAUAACAUGACUUACAAUCCUCUCUCCAAAACAGCAAAUUUUGCACUCUGGCUCUGUGAAAACUUCAGUGUAUGACUUCUAAACUCACCCGUCCUGUGUUGGACAUAUAAUCUGUGCAAUAGGUUUGCAUGUAUUGUAAAAGAUUCACAGAUCCUUUUGAACCAUAUUUGUGGUUUAAACUAUUCUGUGGAUAAAAACACUAUCCAGAGUGAAGUCUCUGUGAUGGAGUAUUUUUGUACGAAUCACUAGUGUUGAGUGAUAUUUUCACUGAAGUGUUGACAUAGUGCCAAAUUUCCACUUUCCCAGCUGUGGGUAAAUAUGAACACUGCAGUAACAUGGAUGUAUCAUGAAAAUAAUAGAAUGUGCUUUUAUGUAUAACCAAAUAUGAAACACUAACUGGUCUUAUAUAUGUCUGCUUACAGCUUGUUUGAGGGUUUGUUAAUCAAGACUUUCACAGAGUUGAGAUGUAAAACACGAGUCACAGUUAUAGCACUAUGAUUUUGAUUGCAGUUUACAUAUUUAAUUGUGCAUUUCUUUAACUUUGGUACUGCUUUGAAUUACUUAUGAAAAGUCUCAGACUAAAACACAUUUUAGAUGACACAACUCUCUUUGUAUCAUUUCAAACACUAUAUAUUUUUAACAUUUCAAUCACUAAGCAUGGUUUGAUUUCUUGUUUUGGAUUUAGUGGUUUGGCUUCUGCAGUAUGUAAUCAAUUUAUUUUGUAAAUGUUGAUAUCAGUAUUGUUACUGAUUGUCAGGAUGGAAUAUUUUUGCUUGUUUGUGCUUGAAUAUGCAAGAAAAAUCAGUUUCUUCUCAACACACGACAAUACUCAAAAGAUCUCUAAACUAAUUCCCAGACCUCAAAACAGCUAUCUGUGAACUGUAUGAUACUGCCCUGUCUGCAUCAGGUUUUCCUAAAGCUCAUUAUCUGAAAGUUUACGAAGCACAAAAAGAAUGUGGUGAUGUGGAAAAGGCCACUAACUGACAGUUUUACAUGCAAUUGGUAUAAGACAACUGGGAGUCAUGCUCCUAUUAAAAGGUUUUGUAACAGAUCUCAGAUUUUUGUUACAAGCUUUUCCCAGAUUUAUUCAAAAUACCUCGAUUCUCAAGACCUUUAGAUAAGACGGUUGUGAAAAUCCCAACGGGUGCUUUUAAAAUGCUCCAGUUUAUUGUGUCACAUUUUAACAGUUCUCAUUUGGUUGUGCUGUUUUGAGGGGGAAACAUGGAAAGUGUGUCUUAACUGUAAUGCAUGCAAGCCUUUUUUUUCAGUGAAUGCUGAACCACGGUUACAAUGCCACCAUGACUCGUCCUUGUUUACAUUCUUCCCACCAUUUUAAUCCCUACUCUUGCUGUUUGUAUACAAUUGCCUGCACAGUAACUCUGUAAAUAACUAUUUCCUGAGCUUUGUAACAUUGUGUGUACUUUGGCUUUUUUGCUUUUUUUGCCUGAAUGGAUAUAGCGCACUUUAUCAUGAAGAUGGCAUAUAAUCUUAAAGAACCAUAAGUUAAAACUAACAAUGUGCUGUCACUCAGGUGUUGUAAUGAUCUGUGUGUCUUACUGUUAAUAUACCUUAUCACACGUGACUUCAUGAAUCAAUCUGACACAUUUAGAUGUUUGCUUUCAGACUGACAAAAACAACACAUUGUUGGAUUUUUGUUUUUAACAGUGAAAAAAAUGUAUAACAACUUUUAAGUGUGCCACACAACUGCACACCCAAUAUUAUGUUUGUGGUGGGGAGUUGAUGGUGAUAUGACAUUAAUAAAACUUUAAUUUUUUUCUUGAG